AUGGACAUAGCAUUGAUGAAGAGCAGCGGCCCUGACAGCCGGUACAAUGUAUUUUCGGCUGGAUGGCAUGAGGAUGUUGACAACGAGCAGCUCGAGGGCCUCCUACAUAGCCUGCGAUUCUACCCAACUGCUGUUCAUAGGGUGUUUCAAUCCGAUGGUACUUGUGCGUUUAUACUGAAGUUUCCGAGCAUCAAAUUGGCUAAAUGCUGUAUCAACAGGCUGCAUAGAUUGAAAAAGCGAUGGAGGGUCAGCAAGAAUUCGUCGUUCUAUGCGCACGCCCAGAUGAUCGACAUUCAUUGGGAUGAUGAAGAUGUCUAUGAUGAUGAGCGUCAAGAUAUUGAUUCUGAUAUCGAUGAGCCGAUAGAAUAUUGA